AAAUAACUAAAGGAUUGUGUUCUGAUCAGUUCUCAAAUCUUGCAAACAGACAUUAUUAAGAGUUCUCCCAUCUCUGUAACUAUUGGAGAAGAAUAACAAUGGCGGAUAUUUACGAAGUUCCUGUAAAGCUUGAGGGAAAGCGUAAAGCAAUGGUUGUUUCCUGUAUUCUUGGGAUCGGAUCUUUCGUUGCUUGGAACAGUCUGCUUACUAUUGGAGAUUACUACUACCAAGUUUUCCCGGAUUACCAUCCUUCAAGAGUACUCACAUUUGUAUACCAACCAUUUGCGCUUGGAACAAUCGUGAUUCUUGCAUACCACGAAUCAAAAAUCAACACUCGAACACGUAACCUGAUCGGUUACAGUCUAUUCACAAUAUCCACAUUCUUGCUCAUCGUCUUGGAUUUGGCUACAAAAGGACACGGUGGGAUCGGACCUUAUAUCGGUAUAUGCGCAAUCAUCGCUUUGUUUGGUAUUGCGGAUGCUGUAGUACGAGGAGGAAUGCUUGGAGACUUGUCCUUGAUGAGCCCUGGACUCAUCCAGUCCUUCACGGCUGGUAUGGCUGUAGCUGGUGCUCUAACGUCAAUAUUUAGGCUAAUAACUAAAGCAGCCUUCGAGAAAUCGCAUGACGGUCUACGAAAAGGAGCAAUGAUCUUUUUAGCAAUCUCCACAUUCAUAGAGUUACUAUGCGUGUUGCUAUAUGCGUACGUGUUCCCGAAACUCCCAAUCGUUAAGUAUUAUCGAGGAAAAGCCGCUUCUCAAGGAUCCAAAACUGUUUCUGGUGAUCUUGCUGCUGGUAGUAUCCAAAAUCAACCAGCUUCGACUGAUGAUGAUUCAAAGAAACAAAGGCUACAAAAAAGAGAGCUAUUGCUUCAAAACGUAGACUAUGCAGCGAAUCUAUUCCUCAUCUAUGUUUUGACACUAUCCAUUUUGCCCGGGUUCUUAUACGAGAACACUGGACAACACGGGCUAGGUGUGUGGUACGCGCUUGUCCUAAUAUCGAUUUACAAUUGGUCGGACUUGAUCGGGAGGUACGCACCGAUGGUGAAAUGGCUCAAGAUUGAGAAUAGAAAAGGACUAACGGUUGCAGUUUUGGUCCGUUAUUUACUCGUUCCAGCGUUAUACUUCACCGCAAAACAUGGCGAUAAAGGAUGGAUGAUUAUGCUCAUUUCUAUUUUGGGACUGACUAAUGGACAUCUUACUGUUUGCAUUCUCAUCACAGCUCCUAAAGAAUACACGGGUCCCGAAAAGAAUGCGUUAGGGAACUUGCUGGUGAUUUUUGUAUUAGGAGGAGCGUUUGCAGGAUCUGGUCUUGGUUGGUUAUGGCUUAUUGGAAAGGAAAAUGCCUUCUGAGUUCUCAUUUAAUUGGAAACUACUUUCUUUCUUAAGGGUCAUUG